AUGGUUAGGAGCAGACACAAAGCAUAUGCUUCUCAUGAUGUUAACACAGGAACACUUAUGCCAUCUGAAGGAGGUGAGCCUUCGACACCUCAAUCACAGCAUUCAGUGCAGUUUAAUGUGCCAAUGGCUGGUCAGGAGCCUACACCAGUGGCCAGCCAAGAGAUUGCACCAGAAACAUUACAGGAGUCUGCAGCUGUUAGCUCACAAGACUCUCGUCCAUCAAUUGAAAUAGAGAUUGAUUCUUUAGGGCGAAGGCGACUAGAACUUCGUAGUGGAAAGUUAUCAGAUGGUUCUAGGUGUGCUCGUGUGAUCACAAAUACUUUUAAGCAGCGUAUUGACUCUAAUGGUGUCAACUGGAAGGCUAUAUCGCAAGAGACAAAAGAUUUUUAUUGGGAAGAAUUUAAGAAAAAAUAUUUUUGGGAUUCUUCUAAUGAAGCAUUAAUAAAGGAUGCUUGGAGAUUAAAGGCAGCUGAACGCUAUAAGGACAUGAUGACAGAUUUGAAAAAUUCUAGGAAAAAGCCCUCAUAUAUUUCUGAAGAAACUUGGGAAAAUUUUGAGCAGUAUUGGAAUGAACCCAAAGUCAUUCGGCGGUCAGAACUAUAUUCUAGAAAUCGCCGCGGUGCUGGAAAAGAAUUGGGUCGAAAGCCAACUCCGACUGAGUUGUUUGUCCAUACUCACACCCGAAAGCAUGACAAGGAGACUUUUGUGGAUCAAAAAUCUAAGGAGAUACAUGAUGCUAUAGUAGCUAGGAGGGAGGAGCUAACACAAAUCACGCCCGACAACAUCGAUGAGAACCAACUUUACUUAGAUGUUGUCGGAGGCGCAUCUUCGAGUCGGGCGUUUUCAUCAAGCUCUAGUCAAAAUGCUGCCUUACAACAACGAAUAAAAGAGUUGGAGAAACAGCUUGAGAAUGAGAGGCAAGCUAUGACAGAUCGUAUGGACCAACUGAAAUUGCAAAUGGAGUUGCAAAUGGAGACAAAUAUGGAACGUAUGAGAAGCUCAAUGAUGGAAGAGGUGAUGAGACUAGUACGAGGUCUACCAACACCUUCAUCUCCAUAA